AGAGUAACUUUAAAUCAGAGUUGAUCGAACUAACUCGUAACACCUGUUCUGAUACCAAAAACUCUGAGUUUGACAGCACAGUGUUAGUCCACCCAGAGUUAAUGUUUUGAGUCAGAGUUUGUUAAACCUGCUUCCUGAAACGAACCCCACUUCUGUAAACUGAAUGACACUGAAGUUAACACAUUCAAAGCUUCAAAGAGGACAGUAUUGAAGUGUCCUGUUUUCAACUGUCCUGUAACUGUGUCUGCAGGUAACACUGUUAUCCGACUCUUUGUAUUAGAUUACCACCGGGUUACAAUAACAAUACACCUCAUACAUGCAGAUACCAACCUAUAAAGGGUGGCCAGUAGUUGUAGCUCAGACUGAAGAUGCAGAAACAUUGGAUUCCCUCUUAGGUUUAAAAUGAAAUAUUGACACUUGGAUGACUGAAGCAUCAGUGUCAACACGCAGAGGACACCAACUCAAACUAGGGCUUCAAACUGUGCCUGGGGACAGGAAACAAUCUUGGCACAAACCUGGGACAAACCUGACAAGGCAGGUUUAUAAGCGGCCCAUGAUGAAGAAAUGAUAGAGGCAGUGGCAGCAGAAAGGUAGAAGAAAAGUCAUAUCAGCAGGACGUAUCCAGGUGUAGCAAUGGCGGUGUGGCUGGGCCGGUUGUCUCUGAGCGACACGUGGUAUAAUAUGUACUCCCGCCUUCUGCGGACCAAACCCCUGGGAUCCAUGGCUCACAACUCUAACGACCUCACAGAGCUGGCAGAGGGAUCAACAGUUGGGCUGGCUAAGGUGCUGACCACCGUCGACCUGGUGUCACUCGGGGUGGGCAGCUGUGUCGGCACAGGGAUGUACGUGGUUGCUGGCUUGGUUGCCAAGGCAAUGGCUGGACCAGGGGUAAUCCUUUCCUUCAUUAUUGCAGCGGUUGCAUCCAUAUUGUCAGGGGUGUGUUACGCUGAGUUUGGUGUCCGUGUCCCCAAAACAACUGGCUCGGCCUACACCUACAGUUAUGUGACAGUAGGGGAGUUUGUGGCAUUUUUCAUUGGCUGGAACCUGAUCCUGGAGUAUUUGAUCGGCACUGCAGCUGGGGCCUCAGCUCUCAGCAGCAUGUUCGACUCUCUGGCCAAUCACAGCAUCAGCAACUACAUGAUAACACACCUGGGCACGCUCAGAGGACUCGGUAAAGGUGAGGACACGUAUCCUGACCUGCUGGCCCUGUUCAUUGCCCUGCUGGUCACAGUAAUUAUUGCCCUCGGUGUGCGAAACUCUGUGGGCUUCAACAACAUCCUGAAUGUGGUCAACCUGUUGGUUUGGAUCUUCAUGAUCAUCGCUGGACUCUUCUUCCUUUCUGCCAGCAACUGGAGUGGUGGUAAAUUCCUGCCAUAUGGCUGGUCAGGGGUGAUGCAAGGUGCAGCGACUUGUUUCUACGCCUUCAUAGGCUUCGAUAUCAUCGCAACUACGGGAGAGGAGGCAAAAAACCCUAACACCUCCAUCCCUUAUGCCAUCACUGCCUCACUGGUCACCUGCCUCACUGCCUAUGUAUCGGUGAGUGUGAUCCUGACUCUCAUGGUUCCUUUCAACCUGAUAGAUGGCUCGGCUCCUCUCAUGGAGAUGUUUGCCGUGCAUGGCUUCAUGUGGGGUAAAUACACUGUGGCUGUUGGCUCUAUAGCUGGACUUACCGUCUCUCUACUGGGAUCCCUGUUUCCAAUGCCCAGGAUCAUCUAUGCCAUGGCCCGGGAUGGACUGCUGUUCAGGUUCCUGUCACAUGUGUCUGCACUCACACACACUCCGACAGUGGCGUGUGUGGUGUCAGGUUUCCUGGCAGGUAUCCUGGCUCUGCUGGUGAGCCUGAGGGACCUAAUUGAGAUGAUGUCUAUCGGUACACUGCUGGCUUACACUCUUGUCAGUGUGUGCGUGCUCUUACUGCGCUACCAGCCCGAUGAACAGACCGACACUCACCAUUUUAACAGUAAGGGGGACUUGGACAGCCUCAAGUAUCAGGACAGUGGAGAUAUCCUCACCAAAGAUGACCAGAUCCUGAUUGCAGGCUCAGACACUGAUGGGUCAUCUUCUUACCACGCUAGCAGGACGGAGGGGGAGGGGGACGACUCAGAUUUCCACACAGGCCAUGCCUCAUUACUCAAAAGGCUUCUGGGAGGUCAUUACUACACCCUGCGGCUUAGGUUGGGAAUGCCCGAUGCGUCAGCACAGCCCACCCCUGCCACCGGCCGCACAGUGACCAGAUGCACCCUCCUCCUCUUCCUCAUGUCCUUUCUCCUCUGGUCUACAGUCAUAUUUGGUGUUGAGGAGGGCACAGGGGCCGGGGCGGUGUUUUCAGGCCUGAUGGCUACUCUGAUGGUGGGGUCCAUGGUGAAGCUUUUGAUUAUAAUAAUACAACAGCCAGAGAGCACACGCAGCCUGCCCUACAUGGCGCCAUGUGUACCAUUUGUCCCUGCAGCAGCCAUACUGGUCAACAGCUACCUCAUGCUUAAACUGUCUCCACUCACCUGGGCCAGGUUCACCAUUUGGUGCCUUAUAGGCCUGCUGAUUUAUGGAUGUUAUGGAGUGUGGCACAGCACGCUGGAGCUGAAUACCAGAGAACAGCAGGCCCAGGCAAGCUCCUACCAGCGCUACAACGACCACCUGGAUGACACCUUCUCCCCCGAUGAUGACCUCUACCCCCAGGAACAGGGCGAGAGACCCUACCAGGGCUGGUCUGCUCCAGAGGAGAGAGGACACCAGCAGCAGCAGGAAUACCAGGACCAACUGUGGAACCAGUACGAGGACCAAGAUGGACACCAGCAAAGUCAGUAUGGGGAUGAUGGUGACCAGAAUGAUUACAGUCUGGUGCAGAAAGCUGGUAUUUAAGCAGAGGCAGCAGGUCCAGAGGAAAGACCAAUUAUGAGUUUGAUGACGAAGAGGAAGACUGUAUAGCGUUAAUGUUUAAGGCUUUCAAAAACUAAAUGAAUCCCAAAACCUGAAUACAACUUAUUUAGGAGUCAGCGUGGAGGAUUUUGUGAAAUCUGUGCUUGGAUAAGAGCAGAAGGAUGUUUGAUACUACCCACCAGGACCCAAGUCAAUGACAGAAACCUUAAAGUUGCAUAUUUGUGUGAAAACUCAGUUAUAAUUUAAACAUUCCCACUGUAAGGGGACAAUUACUUUGUAUCAAGAAGACAUGACACUCGCAAUGAUUUGCCAUCGGUGUCUACUGAAGUCAUUACCCAUUCCAAUGUGGAGACAUUUAAUUCCCUCUUACUGUGCUUCAAGGACCAGAGUAGCGACUGGCCUGGUCAGCUCCACAGAACAACUGAUAUGUGAUCAUUUAGGUCCUUAAACUAGAUUUUGGCACUGCAACUCAAGAAAUUACAAGCAAAUUAAGAAAACGACUGACAAUUUUACAAGUUGUGCAAUGCAAAUAUUCACAACACUAGCAAAUACAAAAAAGAAAUGUUUCCAGGGGACCCCCACAAAUGGAAUAAAAUAUUAAAUAUUAUAUGCCGUCAAUCUGCAAAUGAACUGUGCAUAUUGUAAUAUUAUUUGAAUCAACAACAACAAAAAUAAGAAAAGGAAUCAUGCGAUCAGGUUGUUAAAAAAAACACCACUAAUAAGUAGAGAUGUGCAUUGAUAAGAUUUUAUUGAUACCUAUGCCAUUAUUGAUUCUGCUUAUCGAUCCGAAAUGUUUGUCGAUUCCCUCAUCAGUUCCUCCUGUGAAUUUUUGGUUCUGAAAAAGUAGGUGUUUUUGUGUAAAUGACAGAAAUUUUAUUGAGUUUCUAAACAAGAGACAAGAGAUUGUGUAAGUAAACAAAUAUGAAAUUGGUUACUGGAUCCUUACUGGCACUAUCCUGCUGAGACUUAGCGAUAGCUGUACUUGUUGACCGGAAUCGAUAAGCAAGAAGGCUAAUGAUAUCGAUCAAUUGAACCAGUUGGAACCGUUUCUUUUAAAGAAUCAGUUCUGGAUGCCGAUUCCUACUGAUAAGUAGCAAACAUCAGCAACUCCAAAAGUCAUAAAACUAUGAAUAACAAAGCAUGUCCCAGCAGCUUCAUCAUGUUGUCGUCUUAGCCAUGAAUGGCUAGACUCACCUUUUUAUCAGAAUCUAAAUCUGGUAGAGCUCAUUCUGGAUUUCAUUAUGGGACCUUAAGUGAUUAUGACAUUCUUGACAAAUGCCUUCACUGCUUGUUCGCCCUUUAAAAUUAUUUAAAUGUCAAUAUCUUUUACAACAGAUGCAAUAGUAAAAUGUAAACAGCUCAUUUCUCCAACGGCAUCCAUUUUGUUGUAAACCAAUUCAAUUCCACUGCACUAAGAAGACAUGCAUGACUAUGUCACUGUUACUACUCUCUCAUCAAGCCCACCCAAACGAACUGAUUGGCCCAUCAGAUUGUUGGAGUAUAAUCAGCUCCACAUGGAGAGGCUUUCUGCCACAAAAAAAAAAAAAAAUGUAGGCAGGGAAAUUUAGAUCUCUUUCUCCUAAAACAAAACAGCCUUGACAUGACUGCCAUUGCAUGAAUUUUAUUUUGCAAACUAAGCAAACAUCAGUUUUGCAAUGACUUCUCUGCUUCCUGUGGCUGUUCACCCACAUGUCAUUUCUACUGGAGACAGUGGAUACCACUUCCACGUUUGAUUUGGGCUUUCUCAAAAGUCUUUACUUUAUGCUUUUGUUUGGAUGAAUGAUAUUUAUUUAGUGUCUACAUAGUGUUGAUUUGUGUAAAAGAGAAUGAGUGUUUGUUUGAGAAAUAAAUGUCUCAUUUUGAGUGAAA